AUGACAGCGGGUAUUGCACCGAAGCAACAUUUCCUCCUGGGGCGUACUCUGUCGUUGGAGGAGGAGAAGAGGAAAACGAAUUCCCCUAUUUGCUUUGGGAAGAAGAAAACAACAACGACAACAACUCAAGCUUCUGCGUUGUCGCAUAAUGCACUCGCAUCUGUUUCCGUUGCUGUGAUGAACAAAGAAAGCAUCGCGCUGUUUUGUAAUAGUGCGACUGUUCUCGCCGCUCUCGUUUCGUGCGCGUUCGCUGGUAAGAUCAUGGAAAAGAAAACAAAGUUUGGAGGAGGUAAUGCGCUGUGUGCGUUAGUAUUCGCGUGUUUCUUGGCUUCGUUUACGCGCGUGUUUUCGUUUUCGACAAACGCGACAACGGUUGUUUUUGAUUUCAUAUGGGAUAUAUUGAUGCCUCUGGGAGUGACUUUAGCGUUAUUAAACGUGAAAGUAAGCGAAUUGGCGACAAAAUCCAAGGAAGUGUUACUCGGUUUCUCGUUCGCCUCUGUGGGUUCAAUUUUAGGCACCGCUUUAUCGUUCGCUCUGUUUUCAAAAUCUCUCGGCGUCGGCGCGCUCGGAUAUAAAAUUGCAGCGUGCUUGUGCGCUAGCUAUAUUGGCGGUUCUUUAAACUUUGCGGCGACGGCAAAAGCGCUCGAGCUGACGAAUUCCGCAGAGUCCUCGAGUCUUUUAGCGGCGUCGAUGGCAGCAGAUAACAUGUUGAUGGCUGUUUUCUUAGGUAUCUUGAUGGUUCUACCGUGCAAACCUCCUUCUCCUCUGGCAGUCGACGAUGAGGAAGAUCAGAGGACUAUGAAAGUGAAAGGAAUAACUGAGGCAACGCUCGGGACGAUCGUUAGUCUCAUGGUUGCAACAGGAACUCUGCUCCUUUCUUCACUCCUCGCCAAACUUGCUAGUCUCGGAAACUUCUCGCUCGCGAUAACAUGCAUAAUCGCCCCUUUACUAGGUGUUAUUCUGAACUCGAAGUUGGAUUUUUCUGGUCCCCCGCAGUUUAUAUCACGCAACAUUAUGUUGCUGUUUUUUGCGUGCAUAGGUGCAGGUUGCAACAUAUUCACCGCUUCUGCCGUCGGGGUACCGCUCUUUGGUUUCAUCGCGGUCCUCUUACUUGCGCAGCUUUUCUUCGCACUUCUUUUCGGCAAAGCUUUUCGCGUGCCUCUUUGGGCAACUUUGAUUGGAUUGAAUGCUAGCGCUGGCGGGCCUGCAACUGCUUUUGCUAUGGCAGCAUCAAAAGGAUGGAAUCGAGCUCUGCAGCCUGCCGUGCUCGCCGGUACAAUUGGAUACGCAAUCGGAACUUUGGUUGGAUGUUUAAUGAGUGAGUUUCUGCGUGUUUUUGCGCCAUUGUAA